GAAGAGCGCGAGCCGCCUGGAUGUUAGUGUCCUCCAGCGGAAGAGAGAGAGAGAGAGCCCCUCCACCCCCAUUACAGAUGUAGCAGCUGCGGAAAGCCUGUGUUUGUGCGAGAGGGCCCGACUGGCUGCGGUGGGAAAUGUAAGCACGGGCUGUGUGUCCUGGACUGACUGAGAUGAGCAGCGGGAUGGAGCGGACAGAGCCGGAAGCGGAAGGAACGCAGGGGCCCCAGAGGCUCCGGCCCUCGUCCUACCGGGCGGUGCGCAGUGCCGUGUCCAGCCUGGCGCGCAUCGAUGACUUCAUCUGCGAGAAGAUCGGCUCAGGCUUCUUCUCAGAAGUGUUUAAGGUGAAACACAGGAUGACCGGGCAGGUCAUGGCGCUGAAGAUGAACAUUCUGGCUAGUAACCGGGCCAACAUGUUGAAAGAGGUGCAGCUCAUGAACCGUCUCAGCCACCCCAACAUCCUCAGGUUUGUGGGAGUGUGUGUACACGAGGGACAUCUCCAUGCUCUCACAGAGUACAUUAAUGGUGGAAACCUGGAGCAGCUGUUGGACAGUGAUGUGCAUCUGUCCUGGCCGGUGAGGAUGAGCCUUGGUCUGGACAUCGCACGAGGACUCCAGUACCUUCACAGCAAGGGUAUAUUCCACAGAGACCUCACGUCUAAGAAUUGUCUGGUGCGUUGGGAGAAUGGCGUUUGCACUGCUGUGGUUGGAGACUUUGGCCUGGCAGAGAAAAUUCCCGACUAUAGUGACGGCACACAGACGGAGGCUCUGAGCAUCGUGGGCUCUCCGUACUGGAUGGCUCCUGAAGUGCUCCGAGGAGAGCAGUAUGACGAAAAGGUGGAUGUUUUUGCCUAUGGUAUUAUCCUCUGUGAGAUCAUCGGUCGGAUUCAGGCAGAUCCAGACUUCCUGCCCCGCACAGAGGAUUUUGGUUUAGAUGUGAAUGCGUUUCGGCCGAUGGCGGGAGAAUGUCCCCCUGCUUUCCUCGGCCUAGCGGUCACCUGCUGUCAUAUGAAGCCACAGAGUCGUCCUCCGUUCUCUGAGAUUGUGUCAGAGUUAGAGAGGAUCGGCGCUGGGCAGCAGGUGGCGCAGACGGGGCCUGUGGAGGCAGAACCAGUUACACCUCGUUCCAGGUCCCUGAGCGAGCGGUGGUCAUCUUUGGAUGCCAUGGUGGAAGACCCGCUGUGUCUGAGUAAAUCGGAUGCGUUAUCUCCUGUCCAGAGCACGCCAGCACGCAUCAACCCCUUCUCCCAGAGGCACGACCUCAACGGUGGCCGUAUUAAACUUUUUGAUACACCCAGCAAAUCGGUCAUCUCCCUCACCUUUACCUUGCCUCCACGCCCUGACCCAUGCAGCCCCACCCCCUGUGAGAGAGCCCCACCUCGAUCCCAUAGACGCUGCCAGUCUCUGCCCUGCACACCGGAGGACAUCCAGUCAUUAAGGAGUAACCCGGACAGUGAUGCUCCCCCGAGCAUAACGCCUCUGGAUGCUAAUGAGACCACAGCUUGCGUCCGUAAUCUUCCGACCACAGACAGUGAUAGUAUGGCGAACAUUUACACAGAGGUUGAACAUAAUCAUGUCUUCUCUACUCACCCAGAUGGUCCAAAUUCACCGGAGGAACAAGAGAAUGAGCACAGGCUCAGAACAGACUCGAUUCGUAAAGAACUGGAAGAGGAGGAUUGCAUGGAGAAGCCGGCAGACGACUCUGGCGUUCCUGUAGAUCUUGAGUUGAUGUCCAUAGAUCAGUUGACGGAAGCAAGUGGAGAGGAACCCAUGGACUGCAUCAGCUCCCCCAAUACACCAUGUGAUUCGCCCAAACCCUUCACAAAUGGCUGGAGCCCAUCUGUAUCGAACAGACCCCCAUUUGUACCCCCUUUACCUGAUUUGGACAAUAACAACAGCCCUGUGCAACCUUUGAAUCUGCCAGUCAAUGGUUUCCAUGGUGCCAUGACCCCAGUGACUUCUCCAGAACAGGAUGAGGUUGUAUCGUGUUCAAGCUGCUGCCUGGCAGGAUUCAGUUUCCCCUCCAUGUGCAUCCGUGGGACACGCCACAACCCGUAUAAGAACUUAAACAGCGAUUCUGCAACCAGGGAGCUGCUGUGCAGAGUGCAGCCAUCUUCACAUCCUGCACACAGCACACACACUUAAUGAGGAACUGCCCGAGAGAGGACGCUGUACAUUUAUCCUACGCCUUAAAACCUGCUGCUGUUGCACAUUGCUCAGAGAAAGUGUUGAAUUGUGCUGGGGCUUAGUCGGGUGUUGAUUUUGUCCAGUUAAAAAUGCCCCUUUGUUUAACGUAACAUAAUUAUGCCUUUCAAUGGGUUUAUUGGACAAUUUGCUGAGAAAGCUGAGAAUACUGUUAAAUUUUGAUUGCACAGCUGAGCUGUUUAAUAUCAACUAUAAAACUAGGAGGUGCUGCGCAUUGUGUACCGAACUAUGCCUGUGUGUAUUUAAAGAGAGAAUAUCGGAGUUAUAAAUUAUUUUAUUUUCUGUAUGGUCUUUAUUGCCUUGCUUUUCUGUAAUGGCACCAGAGAAGUCUAUAUAUAUGAAAGAUUGAUUGAUUGAAUAUUGUUUUGGAAAAAUGGGGAUGUAAAGGUUUGGUUAAAUGUUAUUUUAUUAAGGAAAUUAAAUUGCAUUAAAAUAUAAAAGAUAA